AGUCCUCCCACCGGAUCCUACCACGUCCGGAUCGGGUCACGCGGCCUUCGCCACUUCCACCACCACGCGGCGAAUUCGCCCUUCGGGAUUCCGACCGACCUCCUUCCUUCCAAUCAUCGCGGCAAAGCAAAAGCUCGAGGAAAAGGAAUAGUUCGGUAUAUAUUUUCGAGGAAAAGGAAUAUUUGGAAGGCGGCUCGGGUGGAGGCUCCCAUUUUUCACUUCUUAAAAUCCCGCCACUAAUCUAAUCUUGUCCCUUUCCUUCGCCUUCAUCUUUUGAUUUAUUUCCUCUCUUUAUCUCUGUAGUUUUCCCACUGGAGGGAGAGCCCUCUCGCGCUGCUCCUUUUGGCAUGCGACCCUGUCGAGACGCGGAAACGCCUAUUCCGAAGGAUUCCAACCGCGUCCUCGAACGCCACUCCCUUAUAUUAUUCCCUUAUAUAUUCUCCCCGCCACAACACUAACUCCCAUCCCCUCCACUCGCCCUCGGUCCGCCACUCCCUUCUCUUUCCCCACCGGGGGGGAAAAGCAAAGAAAGGAACGUACUAGUAAUUGUUCCAUUAUUGAUUGAGAUGAGUAGACACGAGCGGCGGUGGGCGUCGGACACCGUGCCCGGAGGAAAGAUCCUCAGCGCCGGAUCGUCGCCGGGGAACUCGACCGAUGGCGUGGAGGAGUUCGUCGAGGUGACGCUCGACCUCCAGGACGAUGACACCAUCAUCCUUCGCAGCGUCGAGCCCGCCUCGGCCGUGCCGCACGCCGAUCGGGACUCGGCGGAGGCGACGCCGAUGUCGUCGUCGUCGAGAUCGCCGUCGAUCGCCCGGAGCUCGUCGCACGGCCGCCUCCGCCAGUUCUCGCAGGAGCUGAAGGCGGAGGCGGUGGCCAAGGCGCGGCAGCUCUCGCAGGAACUCAAGGCGGAGCUGAGGCGGUUCUCGUGGAGCCACGCGCAAGGGAACCGGGCGGUCGGGGCGUCGGUCUCGGCGGAAGGGAGCGGAGGGGCGUCAGGGCCACUGGACUCGGCCCUCGCGGCCAGGGAUAGGCGGCGGCAGAAGGCGCAGCUGGACCGGUCGCGGUCCGGGACGCAGAAGGCGCUCAGAGGGCUCAGAUUCAUCAGCAAGGCGAAUGGCGUGGAUGGGUGGAACGAGGUGCAGAGCAACUUCGACAAGCUCGCCCGCGACGGUUCUCUCUCCCGUUCCGACUUCGCCCAAUGCAUAGGAAUGAAGGAUUCGAAGGAGUUCGCAUUAGAAUUAUAUGAUGCAUUGAGACGGAGGAGGAGAAUGAAAGCGGAGAAGAUAAGCAAAGAUGAGCUGUACGAGUUUUGGUCUCAGAUCACUGAUCAGAGCUUCGAUUCUCGCCUCCAAAUCUUCUUUGACAUGGUGAACAAGAACGAAGAUGGACGAAUUACAGAAGCAGAAGUUAAAGAGAUAAUUAUGCUGAGUGCCUCGGCAAACAAGCUGGCGAGACUCAAAGAACAGGCGGAGGAAUACGCAGCUCUAAUCAUGGAAGAAUUGGAUCCCGAAAGACUCGGUUAUAUCGAGCUAUGGCAACUGGAAACCUUACUGCUUCAAAAGGACACGUACCUGAACUACAGCCAGGCGCUGAGCUACACCAGCCAGGCAUUGAGCCAAAACCUGGCAGGGCUGAGGAAGAGAGGGCCCAUCAGGAAGUUGAGCACCAAGCUGGGCUACUACUUGGAAGAGAAUUGGAAAAGAUUGUGGGUGAUGGCACUUUGGAUUGGAGUGAUGGUAGGGCUGUUCACCUGGAAGUUUAUUCAGUAUCGGAACAGGUACGCGUACCAGGUGAUGGGGUAUUGCCUCACCACGGCCAAAGGUGCUGCCGAGACGCUGAAGCUCAAUAUGGCUCUCAUUCUCCUUCCCGUGUGCCGGAAUACUAUUACUUGGCUUCGCUCCACCCGGCUUUCCCGUGCCCUUCCAUUCGACGACAACAUCAACUUCCACAAGACCAUAGCGGCAGCAAUCGUAAUAGGGGUAAUACUCCACGCCGGGAACCACCUCAGCUGCGACUUCCCACGUUUGAUAGCAAGCUCGGGACAGAAGUACCAAGGCUUGACGCGCGAUUUUGGCCAAACCAAGCCAACCUACAUGAAGCUGGUCCGCGGCCCCGAGGGCAUUACUGGAAUCCUAAUGGUUCUCUGCAUGCUGGUGGCCUUCACCCUCGCCACCCGCUGGUUCCGCCGAAGCCUGGUCAAGUUCCCAAAGCCCUUCGACAGGUUAACUGGCUUCAAUGCUUUCUGGUACUCCCACCAUCUCUUCAUCAUUGUCUACAUGCUUCUCAUCGUCCAUGGACAAUUCCUCUACCUCAUCCACCAUUGGUACCGGAAAACGACAUGGAUGUACCUUGCUGUUCCUAUUCUUCUAUAUGCUGGGGAGAGGACUUUAAGGACCUUCAGAUCCGGCUAUUACUCGGUCAGACUCCUGAAGGUUGCUAUAUAUCCGGGUAAUGUUUUGACCUUACAAAUGUCCAAGCCUCCAGCAUUCCGCUACAAGAGUGGACAGUACAUGUUUGUCCAAUGUCCGGCCAUCUCGCCCUUUGAAUGGCACCCUUUCUCAAUAACUUCAGCUCCCGGGGAUGAUUACCUCAGCAUCCACAUCAGACAACUAGGUGAUUGGACCCGAGAGCUUAAGCGAGUGUUCUCAGAGGCUUGUGAACCUCCAGUGCCUGGAAAGAGUGGCCUCCUCAGAGCAGAUGAGACGACCAAGAAAAGUCUACCGAAGCUCUUGAUAGAUGGACCUUACGGUGCUCCAGCUCAGGACUACAAGAAGUAUGAUGUCCUACUGCUUGUCGGACUUGGAAUUGGGGCUACGCCUUUCAUCAGUAUAUUGAAGGAUUUGCUUAACAACAUUGUAAAAAUGGAAGAGCAAGCAGAUUCUAUCUCGGAUUAUUUCCCGCCCCCGGGUCAGAACGGACGGGUUGAUCUGGGCACAAUUCUCAAGGCCUCGCGACCAAAGUGGACUCUCAAAACAACCAAUGCAUACUUCUACUGGGUGACUCGCGAGCAAGGCUCCUUCGAUUGGUUUAAAGGAGUCAUGAAUGAGGUUGCCGAGUUAGAUCAAAGGGGUAUAAUUGACAUGCACAACUACCUCACAAGCGUGUACGAGGAAGGAGAUGCUCGAUCGGCACUUAUCACCAUGGUCCAAGCACUCAACCAUGCUAAGAAUGGUGUUGACAUAGUAUCUGGAACAAGAGUCAGAACACAUUUUGCAAGGCCUAAUUGGAAGAAGGUUUUUUCAAGAAUUUGUUCUAAACACCCUUAUGCCAAGAUAGGAGUGUUCUAUUGUGGAGCACCAGUCUUGGCCCAAGAACUGAGCAAGUUGUGCUUUGAGUUCAACCAGAAAGGCACCACCAGAUUCGAUUUUCGCAAGGAGCACUUCUAAUCCCACGUACAUAUACUUAGCUUUUGCGUUAGAGCAAAAUAAUGUAUAGCUUUUUAUUCUUUUUUCUAAAAUGGAGAGAUAAGUAUACGAGUACAUACACCUCUAAUCUAGUAUGCAAGUCACAUGAACGAUAGGGGAAAAAAAACGAAGGGCCAACCACCCCCACUGGCGGUUGGUGAGUGCGUUGCGUGGACCCGCACGACACACGGCGGAGAAUCGGAGACUUCUACGUGGCACGUGGAACCAGUCAGCCGGUGCGGGACAGCUACCGGUAGCUGGUGGUUGACCUUGUGGAGUAACGUGGCAGAUCCUGACUGGUCGACAUCUGCUAGUGGGUUGGAGAGCAAGCAGCAUCGUGCCGGGACAAGGACGUCCAUGGGGCCCGCAAUGGGGCCUCCUUCUAGAAGGUGUGGAGGCCGUUCGACAGCUGCGCAUCUGGAUAGAGAGAGAGUAGUUUAUCUUUGUCAAUUGGAGUUUGGUAGGAUAGAAGGAAACUACGAAGUAUAGAGCAAAUUGUAUAUUUUGAUUGAGAUUAGCUAUUGGGAACAAGUGAGGGUCCAACUUGAAUGAAGCAUUUAAUUAUUUGGUUAGUUGAUGGGCGGUGGUGAGGGGACUGGGUCUUUGUUGGCGACCCUGGAGGUAUGUUUUGUUGUGACUAGAAGAAAGGUCUACAAUAUGAGGUAUAAGAAUAAUGUUAAGUACGCCUUAUAGGGAUGAAUGGAGUACGUCUUAAAUUGCAAAGCAAUGGUUGGACCGAUUCAUAUUA